GCAGGGCUCGUAGCGAUGCUCGCUGCGUCGUUCGCUUCACCGACCGUGAACUGUGCUGAGCGCCGCGUGGCGAGCGCGUCGUCGACAACCCCUCGCUCGAGCCGGGUGCAAAUGGCUGAAGGAGACAAAGAUCAUCUCUCUUUUCUCAUGGAUGACAGUGAUGAUGAGCAAGAGGCUGCAUCAGAAAAGAAUCUGAAUGAGCAGCUGGAGGCGUUCAGGGAGCGCUGGCGCUCGGAGCUGAAAGGGGGCCGCCCAGGAGGGGGUACUGCCCGUGAGGGCCCCCUGCCCGGUGGUACAGCCCCGCAGCUGCCGGUGCCGUCCCCGGUGCAGCCGGGGUCGCAAGACCGAGCAAAGACGACGCUCUGCGCAGAAGAGCAGGCGCGGGAGCUGUUCAUUAGAGCUGCAGAGCUGGAACAGGAGGGGGCUCUGUAUGAAGCCAUCAAGUUUUACCGGCAGGCGAUGCAGCUGGUGCCUGACAUCGAAUUCCGGGUGAAUGAUUAUGAGGGCGAAAAUGGCUCGCCAGGAGACAUGGACAAUCGCGAGGUGGUGGAGGACAACGCGGUGACGAACCUCCUCACCUCCUUCCAAAGUGAACUGAGCCUGCAGGAGGCUCAACCGAAACUGUGUCGGCGGGACACCGAGUCGAGGCAGACGCACAUUUCCGCGCUGCCUGUGGAGGUGCUGGUGUAUGUAUUCCGCUGGGUCGUAUCCAGCGACCUGGACCUGCGCUCUCUGGAACAACUGUCUAUGGUGUGUCGGGGAUUCUACAUGUGUGCCAGGGACCCGGAGAUUUGGCGGCUGGCCUGCCUGAGGGUGUGGGGCCGUAACACGGGCAAGCUGUCGCCCUACCUGUCCUGGAGGCACAUGUUCCUGGAGCGAACGCGCCUGCGCUACGAUGGGGUGUACAUCAGCAGAGUGAGCUACAUUCGGCAGGGCGAGCAAUCCCUGGACGGCUUCUACAGCCCCUGGCACCUGGUUGAAUAUUUCAGGUAUCUGCGCUUCUUCCCUGACGGGCUGGUGAUGAUGCUGACAACUCCAGACGACCCCCAGUCCAUCGUGUCACGUCUGCGCACAAAGCACACGCGCAUUGACGCUGUGUUGUACGGCCACUUCCGUAUGACACAGGACUCUAACGGGGACACACGCGUCCUCUCCAUCCUCACCAAGAGGCCCGACAAGGAGAGGGGCGGGGAUUUCCAGCGCUACCGCCGCUACCGCCGUGUGGCACCGCCCGAGUCGGAGCAGCGCUUCCACGUGGAGCUGCAGUUGGUGUGCGGGGGGCGGCAGCGAUUCAACAAGCUGUUGUGGCUGCAACAUUCAUGCCAAGUCACCUGCCGGGCAACUGGAGAGACGGUGGAGUCCAACUUUGACAUAGACAAGAAAUACGCCUCGUUCUUCUUCUCCCGGGUCAAAAGCUUCACAGCCUACUCGGAGGGGCCCCUCUAAGAGAGCGCCCCACCCCCUUGAGAGAGUGUGUACCCAGCCUGCAGGAGGGGGGAGUGGGAUAGGGUCACGUGUCUGGAAUCAAGAGGUCGUGCGUUACAAACCAGGACGGCAACAGACCUGUCGUGUCACCACUGCGUAGAUGUUAUGGAGACGUAUAUUAGCGUCUUCACAUGUUCUUUCAAAAAAAUAUAUGAGUUUUGAGGUUGAGUGUUCAUACUUGUUUUAUCCCAAAUGUCUUGAGACUUGGUCUUUCCUGGAUAAGUAUAUUAUCAUUAUUAUAACCUGGUUUAUUUGUAUAGUUUGUUAAGCAUGGGAGGGCCGUGAAAGAACUUACCCCAUUUUCAUUAAGUCUUACCUCACGUGUGUACAAUUUCUUUAGCAAUUUUAUAAAUGACUGCUGUGAAAUAUACAGAGUACAUUUAGAAAAAUAUUAUUGGGUGUUCAAAAGGCCGAAAGGAAUUACUGCAAAAAAGGUUAAAUAUUGGGUAGAAAAUGUAAAACUUUGACAGCUUCCUACAUAAAUUCAUUGUGAUUGUUAAAUUUAUAGAUAACUCAAAGGAAAUGUAAUCUGAAUGUAACAUCUUGAGACCUUGUGAGAGGCACAAUUGCCUCUCCAAAAUAUCUAUCACAUACUACAGGAGUAAAAUGUUAUCUGCCAUUAUUAUUUAUCAUAAUUUUUAAAUGUAUCUGCCUGGUGUAGAGAUAACAUGCAAUCCAGACAAGUUGACUCAUCUAGACCGACCUCUUACUCCGACCGUUCUCCCUUCUGCUUGGCUUGCGUGGACCUUGCCCAGCAGAAGCUUAUUGACCCGUGUGAGAUUGCUGUCCAAACCUGCCAUGGAUUUCACAAUUGUGCAGCUUUCAAUCGCCGUGAGGCUAUUGUGUUACUCCCAACAUGGAAUUAACUGAGCUGUAGUCAUAACCAACACUGCCCACCUAUGUAGUCGACUGCCAUGUGUUUGAAUUGCACAUCUUGACCUAUACAGCUGCCACAGAAUACUUUUGCUUUGUCAAUUAAGUUUAAUCGCACUUGCGUUUAACACCGAUAUCUGAUUUUUCUCAUAAUCGCCACCCACCAGGAAUCGACCAACCAAUCGCAAACUUCGUUCAGGGCAGGCAAACAGUGAUUGGCCAGUAGCCCGGUUGCUUGCUUUGAUCCCUUGUAAAGGUUAAUGUCAAGUUAGGCUUAAAGGGGAAUGCAAUACGGCUGCAGGUGAAGCACCUUGAUUAUAUUUGCGCUAUCUGCGGUGAAAUCAAAAGACUCAAUUUAGCCGUUGUCAUGCUGCGUAGAAUGCGUUGUUGAGCCAUGAUUCUGAGAACUCCCGUAACGCAGCAAGUGCAUAAUUGCAAGCUUCCCACCGGCCCAAUUAUUCGACGGAAACCAUAGAGGGCACACAUCAAUUAAAGUAAUAGUGAACAGCAUAUCCAAAGCGUAUAUUGCAUCAAAAAUAUAAAAAUGAAAGCUUGUGAACAUUGUUUUAGGGGAUGCUGGUGAAGUUAUUGCUCAACAGAAGGCAGAUGAGUUUUGGAUGAAAACAGGUUUCAUCAUUAGACGCAUCUAUUCGUAAUGAUUUUUUUGUUUUGCUCUACAUGCAGUGAAUCAUGCAUGUGAGAAUCGAUUAUUUACAACUUAAGCAAAUUAUAUGCAAAUGAUAAGCUUGUAAGUGAAUAAAACUAGAAAAAAAAAUACAAACAAGACGUUAAAAAUGAGACGAAAAAAAACUAUUCUGGAAUCAGAUCGUGACCUAGAAAUGUGAUUAUCGAAUCUCCGGGAGGGGUGUUCUGGUUUUUGACUUGUUACAAGACUAGUUGCCACCUUUGAGAACAGAAGGGCCACUGCCUGCAAUGUGCUGCAUUUGUUGUAGAACAGCGGUAACGAGAGGUGGCGAGAUCCUUUGUGUCUCCUUUGGAGUUUUUGGAGUUGUUGAUCCCUGACUUUGAAACAUCUCUAAACAUUGUGGCCUUCCCGCUAGGAGACCAAUUAGCGAUUCACUUCCAGUCAUCGUCUCCUCUGGGUUCCAGCCAGCAACGUCUGCUCGACUCGGUCUCUUGGCAUGGCCAGUUGGUACGGUUUUGACGUUUGUGAAUGUAAUGCUGUAGAUUUAAGAUUAAUUUGAAACACAACAAAAAAAGCACUUAAUUGCUCCCUGCGGCAAGCCGGAUUGACAUUUACACGAAAUCCUCUGAAAAAAAGGCAAAUUCAAAAUGCAGCCGUUGACGGUUAAUUGCCAGUGUGAGCGGUUCAGCACUAAACGUGAGCAAAUUGAUUAGCGGUGUUUUGCAAGAUAAUUGGAUCACCAAUCAAUGGAUGGUCUGUAAACUUCAGUUCCUGAUCGCAAGUUUAUAUGAAUUCAUGAAAUCUGAUGAAGGGCUUUCCAUUCAGAAUCUGAAUAUUCUGGAGGAAUCUGAUGAGCUAUAAAGCUCUUUAACAGAUGUCCGGGGGGGGGGGGGGGGUGUAAGAACGUUACAACAACAAACAGUACAAAAACAUGAUAGUGCAAAGUACAAGAAAGGUAAAAUCACCCAAACACAUACAACUAAACCAUCCCAUCCUAUCAGGCAAAGCCCACUGAGGUUUUCAAAUAUCGACACAACACGAUGUAACACAUUUUUUGUUCCUGGGUACUAAGUGUUAUUUUUUAAUUGCUUAUGCCUAAAAAGUAUAGAAAAUGGCUAUCAGUACCCACAAAUUUUGCUUUCGUGACCAGGACUUUAUGUGAACGAGAAGACACAAAUGGGCACGUUUUCUCAUUGAAAAUAGGUCAAUUUCAAAAUAUCACUGUCCUGGUCACAAAAUCAAAGUUUGUGGGGAUUAAUAGCCAUUUUCUGUACUUUUCAGGCAUAAGCAAUUAGGAAAUAACACUACUCAGGAACACAUUUUUUUGUUACACGGUGUAUAAUUGCACAUUUUUGUGAAAAAGCGAUUGAAGGAAUGAUUCUUGGUGUAGAAGGUUCAUCAUUUACAUGGCACCUCAUUCGACCGCUACCUUUCGCUGCAAAUGUUUACACUGGCAAUUAAAGUCGUGAAGGUGAAUUGAGUCAAGAGAGGCUGUUCGCCACAGAGAAUUGUAAUUUCAAAUUCCGGUUGCCGUAGCUGCAUGUAUAUAACGUACAGCUCGCCAUUGUUAAAUAAUUUCUGUUAAAUUCACCGUUCAGAUGGUUUUAUUCAAAACUCAAAGGGUGGACGUAAAAAAAUGGCUUUGCAGAUUAAAAAAAAGAAGAAAUAAAAAUAAAGUCUUAUUUUUUUUGUUGGCAAAAAAUAUAUAUUUUGCAAUGCAGUGUGACAAAUGUCUAUACCCCUUGAGUAAUGUGAGCCAUCGUUGACGAAACUUAUGUGCGAGCGCUACAAUUUCUACCUGUGUUUUAUUUAGCAUACGUUAAGUGUUGUGGUUUAUGUUGCGGCGAAAUGUGAAAAAGGUCUUCAGUUGUAGGAGGGAUUGGAUGUGCACACAUGUGAACGUGCGUCCGACUAAAGAAUUUGCCAAAGAUUUUAGAUUUGUGUAAAAUUUAUAUUAGAGAUAACUUUGACGUCAUUCAAGAGAAUUGACAGUUGUGCUGGUGGCUCUCUUAUUCAUGUGCUGUGACGAAGAACCAAUGCCUAAAAAGUGACCUGUUCCUCUUAAACCAGUGUUGAUUGUCCUUCACGAUGGGGUAAUCGGCAAAAAGCCACAUUAACAAAUGUACCCAAUAAAACCAGUAUACUGGUGUAUUUGACAUGUUAUGAAUAAAAGAGGGGGGGGGGGCACACGUUGAACCCAGAUGUAUACCCUUUGAAAUAACAAGUCCAUCAAUAACAGACUGCCAGAUUUAGUUUCUGGCUAUAUUACAAAUAGUCUUGCAUUGGUACUCCUUGGGGAAGAAAACAAGUAAAAUAUCACAGCCUUUUCAAAAUUACCAUAUACAAAAGUUUUGACACUUAAUUAAAAUGUCAAUUGCACGCACAUUAUUGUAGUGACCUAAUUAAAAUGUAUCGGGGCAUCUUUACUUCUUGACGAAACUCCCAACGACUUGCCCCAUCGUUGGUCCGAUGGAGAUAUUGUCACCUUUUCGAUUAAAAUCGGGACAAAAAAACAAUCGUCAACAAUGCGUGAAUCGGACGCAGCCCGUGAAAGAGAUUCAGCCAGCGCAUUGCUAUGUUAAUCAAAUUCCAUAGAGUAUUAAUAAGAGCACAUCAGAUGAUAUAUUUAACAGUGUCUGCUGGCUAUGACUGUACAUCUUGAUGUCAGAAACUCUCCCACAAUUGAACACCUCUUUGGGGUCUGCAUUUUAUUAAUGUCUUACAACUUUAGUUCAAUGUUCAUGUGAGCUCAUGGGCUGUCCUCUGUGUGGUACUGUGUGCUUGUGCUACUGCCCUGUAUGUUUGGCUCUGUUAUAGAAGAGUUUUUAUUUUGUUUUACGGCAGCUGUACCAAGUGUGUUCAUCAUUAAAAACAUUUUGACUGCU